GCGCUGAUGUAACACUGCGCGUGGUAAAAGUGCACGUGACAUAACGCGGAACUCGUGCCCUGCCCCUGGUGGAUCCUACAGGUCCGUGGGUGCGUCCUGGGGGUCUUUUAGGAGCACUUGUCUCGAUGACAUUAGAAAAAAAUGACUGUGGACGGAGUUACUGAGCUUGACGGUUAGCUGUGAGGUUUAAGGGGAUAAUAAUGGCGGUGAAUUGGGCCGAGAGGAUCUCUGCCUUCUCCCGCAGUCCGUCCCGCUUCCUCUCCGGGACGACAGCGGAGGCGUUCCUGGCAGAGCUGCUGCGAGAGCUGCGAGACGACAGAGCCAGCUACGGUGUGAAGGUCCUCCUGCUGUCCCCACUGUGUGAGCAUCCGACCGUGCUGUGUCCCUCAGAGUCAGUGGGCGAGGAGACAGCCCUGGAGCUCAUGUCAGUGUUCGCCCAGUGCCCUCCAAAGACUGUCCAGUUUUGUUGCCACCUCCUCUUGGCCCUCACCUCCGUGCUGGUCUGCACUUCCUGUGUGAGCAGUCGAUCCCGAGCAUCUCAAGACUUCCUGGACCUGCUCCUUCAGAUCGCCCAGGACACCAGUGACCUCCACGGCGAUGCUGCCCAUCGCUCUUUGCGGGCCAUAGCUUGUGACUGCCUGCAGGAGCUGGAGGCCUGUUCUCCGGGCCUUCUCUCCCAGCGCCUGGAGCUCUUAGGUGGACUUCGGCAGCGAGAGCCCUCCCGGCUCCACCAGGCCUAUGCAGGACUUCAGACUCUGGUGUUAAGAAAUGCUGUGUAUCAGCUCACCCAGGAAACUGGAGCUGGCCCUGAACAUCUUAAGGCCAUUCUAGGAGGAAAUUCUUUUGUUGCAUGGGAAGCAGAGCAGGACUCAGGACUGAUGAAUAACAAAGACUCAGCCAUUCUGUCUUCUGUCAUCCUUGGACCCAUGGGGACGGUGCCCACCCUCCAGACUGGGCCUGACUGUAAGGAGCUGCGUUCAGUCCUGUCCUCCCUGCUGGAGGAGUCCUACCUCCUCACUCCUCUGUGUCAGGCUGCACUGCUACACAGACUGACAGAGGUGGUUGCGAUGGUGCCUGGCGUCCCUCCUGCCAUAUUCAGAGCUCAGCUGCUGCGUCUGCUGGGAACGAGCGAGGUCGGCCUCCUCCACACCACCCUGCUGAUGAAGUGUGCGUUCACAGAUAGCCUGUUCAGCGCCGAAGACGAAGCGUUCAUCCUUAAGCGGCUGGUGGUGCUCUCCCAGCACCCACUGCUGAGUACACCAGAGAAGCUUUUCUACAUGGACUGUAUCCUACACUUUCCUGAGAACCGGCCAAUCAGCUGCAGCGAUGGUGACGAGACCCUCCCCGUGCUUCUGACUCCACAGCUAGCCUUGGCCCUAGUGCCCACCGUGUUCAACGACAGUGCCACCAUGCUGGCCCGUCUCAACCUGCUGUCUCUGGUCUACCUAGAGGAGGGGGAGGAAGGGGAGGAGGGCAGGGGCCUGGCCUACCUCUACGAACACCUCACCUCGCUGCUGCAUAUUGUAGAAAAUGGAGGCAACAGGGAAGUUGUUGUUACAUUCUUUAGAGCUGCCCUCCUCUUCCUUUCCUACUUCUGUCACGUGGAACGCUACUCCAACAGCCUGACAGAGAAGCUGUGUCAGCUGUACCUCCACCACACCUCCCUGGCUCCACACCUCAUCAAUCUGGCCGACCAGACCCAGGACAAACUCACUGAGUCCAGCUGGGCUGCGGGGCUCCUGAAGGCCCUCCAGGGAGUCAUCACCGAGGCCCCGCUCGCCCAGCUCACCUUACAAGACCUCCGCAGGCACCUCAAGAUGCUGGCUCGGGUGGCGGAGGAAGGAGAAAUCCCCCAGCACACUACCCUCAGCUUCCUGUCCAGCGUCAUCACUCCGUCUUCCUCAUCUCUGUGCGUGAGUGGCGACUGGCGUCUCGGGAACAGCCUGCUGGGGGUUUGCCGCCGCCUCCUCGUCCAUCCCAGCCUGGACUCGCUGCUCAUUCCCCUGGCUGACAUUCUGCAGCACCUCACUUGCCACUACGGAGACACAGACAUCAUGGACCAUGCCCGCCUCUACUACUCUCUCCUGACCACGCUGUCCCGGGAGAAGCUGGCCAACGUGUUGGCACAGGAUUUGACUGAGGGAGGGCGGCAGGUCAAGAGGCGAACGCUGUCUUCCAUCAUGGCCGAGGGCGAGGGGCUCACAAGCGCACUAACAAUUCACCAGACGGAGAAGGCAGUAUUCAGGCUGAUGAAGGCCCAGUCUGAACCACGAGAAAGAACACAAAGUGAUAAAGAAAGUGACCUUAACAGGAAUGAGACUGAGAGCAGCCCAGGAGAGGCAAACGUAGCACUGGAAGCCUACAGAACUCAGUUCCUCGAUCCUAGCUUCGCCUCCGAAAUCACAUUAAUCUACCAACUGACUCACAUCGAAGCUGUGGACUCCCGAUUUCAUCAGCUUUUCAGCAUCUGCCUCCACUUCAGCCUCACAGACGACCACUAUGACGACCUGAGUGACAUCAGCGUCCCGUGUCUGUUCAGAGACAGGCCAUGUCCCAAGGUGAAGCUGACGCUGAAGCCCAGGAGACCCUACCCCACCACACUGCAUGCCAGCGCCAUCUUCACCACACAGGAUGGGCUCUCCUGGCACACUGUCCUGCCCGACAUACACAUUGCUUUCCAGCAGGCCUUCAUGCCUCCGCCUACUCCUCCUACCUGGGGACGGGGCAACAAACUGAGCUUGUUUGAGGGUUUAUGGGAUGAGAUGAGCUCUGAGAGCAGUGGGAAGGACUUGACAGACUGUGCCACCAGCCUGUUCUGCUGCCAGCUGAAGGAGGCAGCUCUGAUAUCCUUGGUGGAGAAACACUUCCUCCCCUAUCUUGUAUCAGACCUGUCUGAAGAAGACGAGUUCAAAGUGCUCGUCUUUCUCCCACCACAGUCUCACAUGCUGCUGAUGAUCAGGUCAGAGGAAGACGCUGUGCACUUUAACAUUGCCACAGAUAACUGGCAGCUUCUGCCUCACAUUAAUUCUUAUCUGCUGACAAUCACAUCCUCCGAGGAAGACACUCACAGCCAUCUGUGACCCCUUUAACUGCCUUGUUUUUAAUUCAAAAGAAAAAGCUGAUUUUUUUUUUUAACAAGAUCUCUGAAUUUGUAAGCACUUUAAUAACUCCAGUUGUACUUAAAAUUAAAUUGCUUAAGAUGUUGAUUUAAAAUAAAGUUGUUCCAUUUUAAUUUUUACCUAAAAUUGCACAAAUGCAACUCAAAUCUUGUCAUUUCUUCACUAUACAUCUGUUCACAUCUUGUUGGUUACAGUCUAUAAAUGGAAAACAAAAUACAUUGAUCAGUUGUAUUUCCCUGCUGUAUACAAAUAAGGCAUUAUAAUACCAGAGUGAGAUCUCAUGUAGGCUGUAGGACACAUUAACAGAACCCUGUCAGUAGCACAGUGGAACACUGGAUUUAUUUGUGAUCAGUGUUUUUGGCUUUGUUUUGUGAUCGGAGACACAAUUCGCAUCUUUCAUGCUAUUCUGAAGUUGUUAGUGGUUCAGCACCAACAAAGGCAGUGAAGAGACGAAAACAACUGCCAGCAGCAAACAUGGAUAUUAACAAUGAAAAAUUAAAAUAAAUAAAGGUUUUGCAACAUG